AUGGAGCGUACGGACUCUGAGGAUAGCAGCUCUAUGCUGUACAAGGUUAUGGUAAACCGCAAAAUUGUGGAUAAAGUUCAGAUGAAUAUGAAUAGCAAUCCUGCAGCACCCACGGUGUCAGUAGGUGAAGCAUCGUGUCUCAACGAAUCAUCCAUCAGUUGUCAUCAUGCGGAUGAACUAGAGCAGCUUGCUAAGGAUAACAAAAGUCUUGAAAAGAAGUAUAAUGAGACGUUUGAGGCACUCGACAAGGUCCGGCAGACAGCGCUUGAUGCAUCUGAACGAGCUUUGUCACGUGAAUUUCGAAUUGCAUUUUUAGAGAAAGCGCUACAUGGUUGUGAAGUGAGUCUUUCAGAAGCUAAAGACCAACUAAAAGAACGUGACAAGGAUAUUAAGCAAAUGAAGCGCGAUAUGUCCAAGGAAUUGGCUGUGCUCCAGUCCCAGGUGGAGCGUCUUAACGCUUUGGUCGCAGAAAAGGAUGCACGAAUCCUCGAACUUGUCAAUGACCUAUCCCGUUGCCGCAAAGAGGUCAGUGAGCUGACGCAACGUAAGAGCGACCUGCUUAAGCAGCUUAAGGAUAUGUGUGACAAGCUCAACACCGUUGUGUGGGAGACCAACCAACGCGAGAAAAUGUUGAACAACUUAGAAAGCGAACUGAAGAAACGUGAGAUGGAGCGCCAAUCUGCUUUCCUUAGCGAGGUGACUCGUAGUAAGAGGCUUUUGGUCGGUAUAAAGGUUAAGGAGAAUAUGCUUAACCAACUAAUCUCGGCUAAGAACCAAAAAAUAUCAUCUCUUGAGCAGCAGAUCAAGCAGCUCAUCAGUAAGAUAAGUCGUAUAAAUGGUGUUUUUAACGACAUUAACUUCGGUACGGAUGCUGCAGCCACAUCUACAACUGCUGCUAUCACUAAUGAACCUGGGAAUGUCGAAUGUUCUCUUACCUCACCAUGUAAUGUGGAAUUAUUGAAAGGACGAGCUAAGGUAAUUUUGUGA